GCAGUCGUAUCACCGUUGGCGUUGUUGGCCGUCAACAGAACAGAGCCUGAAAGGCCACGCGAGUGAAACGGAGCGUAAGGGCUCGUGUGAUUCGUUUGUUUGAAAAUCGAGUGCCCAGUCCCGUCCGGUGAGCAAGAUGACCGAAGUGAUCGAGAUGCUGAUGAUCAUCCUGAUCGUGACGCUCUGCUUCCUAAUGAUCCCGUUCAACACGAAACCGAGCCCGGUGCUGGAGGCAAGGAAGAAGUUCGACAUCUUCGUGCGGCUCUACGAUAAGCCGUAUCGGUACGAUGUGCGCGAGUACGAUUACCGGUUCCAGAUAUUCCGCACCUCGCUGAACCGGAUACGGCAGCUGAAUGAUCGGCGUUCGGCGACCGGUAACGAGGCCGACGGUGCCAUCUACGGCGUCACGCAGUACGCCGAUCUGACCGAUCGUGAGUUUAUCGCCCAGCAUCUGGCCGAUCUGCUGGCGGCGGAAGAGAUGGCCGUACCGCGGUUACAUCAGAAGUACGCGAUCGAAUCGCGCAGUGCGGAGAUGAAGAACGACAUCAUCUUUUCCCGGGCGCGCCGUGACCUGCCACUGAAGGAGCAACAGCAGCAGCAGCAACAGCAGCAACAGCAGCAGCAACUUCUUCCCCCCAACCUACCACCCACCGUUGACUGGCGUGCGAAGGGCAUCAUCACACCGGUCAAGAGCCAGGGUAGCUGUGGCGCUUGCUGGGCUAUCAGCGUCGUCGACACGAUCGCUGCACUGGCUGCGAUCAAGCGCAACGAACAGCAACCAUUGACGACGCCAGUGACGGAUCUCUGCCACGAACAGGUCGUCCAUUGUGCCGGCAAUGGUAACAAUGGCUGCUCCGGUGGUGACACCUGUCUCUUGCUCGAGUGGCUCAAGCAGGAAAGCUUUCCGAUCGGUGCGGCCGCCGAAUGUCCUUACCGGCGUUUGGCGGACACGGAUCAGAACUGUACCUUACCGGGAAGCGUGGUUGCCGGGGCGUGGCAACCGGGGCAGCAUCGAGAAACACGCGUCAAGCGGUUCUCCUGCGACCGAUUCGAGAACCGGGAGCACCUGAUGCUGCAACAUCUAGCGACCAAGGGACCGCUGGUGGCGGCCGUGAAUGCCGUCUCGUGGAAGUACUACCUCGGUGGUGUGAUCCAGUAUCACUGCGAUUCCGGUCCCCAGCUGCUGAACCACGCGGUACAAAUCGUGGGCUACGAGCUGAACGCCACCAUCCCGUACUACAUCGUGAAGAACUCGUGGGGCGUACGGUUCGGUGAUGCGGGCUACUUAAAGGUAGCGAUCGGGCGCAACCUCUGUGGCAUCGCGAAUCGAGUUUCCGCCAUCGAGCUGUUCUGAGAGGCCGGCGGGGGGAUUCCUAGACGACUAGAUGGAGUUUACUCAACUGUGACGUUCAACAAAGUCUACUCAGUGAGCGAAACCAUAGUGUACUGAAAAGGGGCAUGUACCUGCUUCGACUAAAACAUACUCACCGCCUUCUUCGAUGCUUCGGAUGUUUCGUCCCGGAUCGGAUGUAAGACAUGCGAGGCGCGGCCGUUUGUACGUUGUGUUUGUAAUUUGGCUUCAUUGUUAUUUCUUCAAUUGUUGUUGUUUCAUUCGAUUCCCUUUUUUCAUGUACACGUCUCUCUGCAACGAUUGUGUGUCUAUUGUGUUGUGUGUGUGUGUGAGUUGCGUUUCACUAGAUAGUCAUUGGUUAGCGCGCCAGCACUUCGCUCGCCAUCGACGUGUUGUUCGACAAUAAAAUUCCACAUUUUCUUAUUAA